AUGUCUUGCCCGGCACUCUCUCUAACACUAGGCAUCCUAAGUAGUUUGGUCUUUCUUGAUGUUAGUCCUGUCAAACUUCCACAUGCUGACAACAACCUCAACACAAACACAAGAACACUAUUUUUAAAGAGGAGUCUGGAAAUGGAUGACUCCACAGUGAGCAUGGCUCCAACUAGCAUUGGCAGAUUAACCUCACCUACCAUCCUUCGCCUACACCCACUUUUGGCAAAAACAACACAUGCUCAUGCCAACCUGCCUCUUCGCUUUGGCCGUGACUCUACACAUAUGCAACGGAUGCCCAAGUCCUCCAUCAACCUACCACAGAGGUUUGGUCGCUCAGGAAACACCAAGCCUAACUCUGGUCUUCGGUGUGCAAUGUGCCGUCGCACUGAAAGUCCACCUUCAGCCACACUGCCACAGAGAUUUGGAAAGCGAAACCUUUUGUUCAGAGAUCCAUUUCAGAGAGGAGCUGUGUUUGCCCACACCCUUGAGAUGUCAUUACUUAAAGACAGGACACCUGACCCAAACUACAUAAAUAAAUUGCUUGAAAAGGAAGAUAAAGCUUCAGAGACUAAAACGUACAUUGAUCUAGACAUCUAAGACAGUCUAUUGCAAACUGACAGAUGUGUCUGUAAAGUUUUGUGCAUUUAAAUCUGUUUUCUUAGUCUGGAUAUAUCUGUUCAUAUAUGUGUCCACAUGUGAUUUGAUCAAAAAUAUAUUAAGAAGAAUCCUAUUAAGUGCUGACUGAGCACAUGUGGCUGUAAACACCAUGGACAGCAGGAUAUAAUAAUACCAUAAAUAGUAAGAAAUAAAUCCUUAAUACAUUUUUACCUAUAAAUGAAUAAAUGCAGGGAUGAAUAAAGAAAUAAGCAAACAAACAAAUAAAUAAUAUUUAAAUAUUUUGGCAAACAUAAGUGUGUGGCUAAACAGUAGUGUCUAAGCAGUAAUAAAAUAUUUUCAAGCAGCGUUUCAUUGCACUAUAUCUCAUCACCACAAAUAAUUUUUACAGCUUUACAUGACUUCAGUGGUUGACAUUUGGACUUCUGAAAGAAGGUUGUGAGUUCAAAUCGCAACUGCCAAGCUCUCACCACCAAGCCACUGCUGGGGCCUUGAGCAAUCUCUUAACUGUCAGUUGUAUAAAAUUUGAUAAUUGUAAAUCACUGGCACCAAGAUGUUAUUAAUAGAUCUUUUAAAUCCUGUAAGUUGUGAGUGGGGGCCUCCGUGAA